AUGCUUGCAAGAACGCUUCGGGCGCAUUUCUCUGGGCAAUUAAAAUCAGCUUGUCGUGGAUUCUCUACCAGCUCUUCCUGUCGAGCGGACCUGACUCAUGCUGUCAUUGGCGGUGGAGUCGUCGGGCUCGCAAUAGCCCGCAAACUCGCCGAACGAGAAGGCACUUCGACCGUGAUAAUCGAGCGUCACAGUUCCGUUGGCACCGAGACAAGCAGUCGCAACUCCGAAGUCAUCCAUGCAGGACUCUACUAUGGGCCUGACUCUUUAAAAUCCAAACUCUGCAUUCAGGGCAAACACAUGCUCUACGACCUGUGCGAGCGCAACUCGAUCCCCUGCAAGAAGACUGGAAAAUGGAUAGUCGCACAAACGCCCGAGCAAUGGGAAGAAUGCGAGAAGAUCCAUUCAUUUACCCAAUCUCUUGGCGUGCCUACACGGUUCGUCAGCGCUGAAGAAGCGCAGCGACGAGAACCAGAUGUGCGCGCUGAGGCGGGGAUCCUCGAGAGCCCCACGACCGGCAUCGUCGACAGCCACUCGCUCAUGUCGUUUCUGCAAGCCGAAUUUGAGGACCGCGGAGGCAUGUGCGCGUUUCAGGCCAACGUGACGGGCUUAAAAGCAAUUGACGGCGGAAAGGGAGGCUACGAAAUAACCAUCUCUGGCGGCGGCAGCGGCGCCAAUGGUUCCACGGGAUCCGACGCCAGCCCAGCCUCUGCACAAGACAGCAAUGAUAAUACAUAUACCAUAACCGCCGAAACGGUCAUCAACAGCGCCGGGCUCGGCGCAUGCUACAUCAACAAUCUUCUCCUACCCGCGGACCGGCACCGCGUGCCCUUUUUCGCAAAGGGCUCGUAUUUCUCCUACUCUGCUCCGCACCCGCGUCCCUCGACAUUAAUCUAUCCUGCCCCGUCGCCCGGCCAUGGCGGUCUCGGCACACACCUGACACUUGACUUGACAGGCCGAGUGCGCUUCGGUCCCGACGUCGAAUGGGUGGAUGACCCGAACGAUCUUCGGCCAAACCCGGCCCGUCUCGACGAAGCCAUUGAGCAUAUCCGCGCAUAUCUACCAGGCAUUAAACCAGAGUCUAUCGGCCUGGAUUACUGCGGCAUUCGGCCAAAGCUGGGCAAGUUGGGCGCAGUGGCCAGCGCCAAGGGGUUCCAGGAUUUUGUGAUUCAGAAAGAAGAUGGGUUUGACGGGUUUGUGAAUUUACUGGGGAUUGAGAGCCCAGGCCUGACGAGUUCUCUGGCGAUUGCAGAAAUGGUGCAUGAUCUGCUUUACGCUGAGCGCUGAGCGUCACUGAGUCCUUGUGACUCGCGCUGUCUAGGGAGAAGUCACCUAUCCAUGAUCUCAUACUAGGGGCGUCCGCGGAUGUUUACUCUGUAUAUGUCCUUUAUUCCAUUGUAUAUAUAUUUAUACAUAUCAAAGUAUAUGUACAUAUGUCUAAGAAUAAUCUAUAGAUGAGUCGGUGUGGAGAGGGACUGAGAUGCCAAAAAAAGAAAAU